AUGUGGGAUGCGGAGAAGAGCCAACACUACAAUGUUGAGAACCUCAUUCGCGAGUCCGACAAGACCUGGCACAACCCCAGUCUCAUUCAGAUGGUCGAGACGGUCGGAUGCAGUCUCAUGGCCAACGGCAUCCAUACUCCCAUUCCGAGAGAGCUCAACACCUACGUGGCGUCUAUGAUCGAGCAGUUUAGGAUCCUUGACCACAGGGAUAAGGUGCUUCGAGGAAACGUCAAAGACCUCGAGCAUGCCAGGGAAAAUGAUCGCAAGGAAUUCAAAGCCGCGAGCGAUGACUGGAAGCAAAGGGAGCUUGACUUCAAGGCGGAAAUCAAGCGGCUCGAGCUCGUGAUCAUGGAGACCAACCCAGGAAAGGGCCUGGAGAAGGUGCUUCUCAACCGACGCAGAAGCGUAGUCAAUCGAAACGAUACAAAGCGAUUCAGCGCAAGACUGGACAAGCUGAGCAGCGGCGAGACGGAAGUUGGGGAGGCUUCAACAAGAGUGGAUGAUGAAAACAAGAAACUGACUUCAGCCCUCCUCCUCGAUCACAACAACGAUGAGAAUAUAAACGAGAGGCUCCGCCGACGGGAGUUCACUGGCCGAUAUCAGCCACCUGAUGGUAGACAACGUAUCGACAAUCCCCGAUACUUCAGCACCGAAGCUCUGCAGAGGGCGGCCACCCGCGUUUCACCACCUCCCAGGAGGCCUUCACCUCUCCGACAAGUGACAAAUGCUGUUCAGGGACAUCAAACACGCCUCAACUCCGAUUCUAGCAACAGCAGCACGAGCAGCAGCGCGCGUUCCUCGGUUUCUCUGAUCACGGGAGGGCUCGCAGAGGAGGCGGCAAGGCGUGGCAUCACUCCACCAAGUGUAGACAGUCUGAUGAAGUUGAGAUUUGAUACAGAGGCCGCCAUGAAGGCCAUCAAAGAAGAGGCGAAGACCAGGGCCGUCCCUGAUUGCGCAAUUGAGGAUGACGAAGAUCUACCAGAUAUCAAGAAGCCAGAGCAUCAUCGUGCACCCUCAUUCGAUCAAGGUGAUGAGAAGGUCUUCAGCGUAAACAUGGCCUCGGCAACGAAUGCGAGACAGGGUCUCAAGGAAGCAGUUUUUGGCAAGGAGAUAAAGGCGAAUGACUAG